UACAUCUCUCAUAAGUGGAUCGGGUGAUUGAGAUCGAGCCCACCAGGAUACCCAAAGUGUCACUUUCAGUGGGUAAGACAUCCCGCAUUCCAGCUCAAGUCAAUCAGACAACCAUCUCUAUCCAUCAAAGAUCAAUCAGUCAAUCUAUCAAUCAUCUACUCUUUCAUCAUCAUCCAUCCAUCCAUCCAUCCAUCCUUCAAUCUAUCUAGAGAAACAUCCACCUAACCAAGCUACAGAGUGCCCGUCUCGAGCACCACGCUCUUGACAUCCACUGCCACUUUCCUCAUCAUGCCUCCCGUCCAAACCGCCGGCGACUUUCCCGGCAUUUCCAUCCUCGAAACCCUCACCACAGCCACCCACCCCCCAGAACUCGCCGCUUCACCGUACUCCCACCCUAGUCUUCAAGACAGCACCAGCACCAGCAGCAAUGCCCCGCACAGCCACCUCCUCCACGCUCGCGACUCCAAAUAUGUCCCCGGCAGCGGCACCGUCGAGGCGCACAAGAUCAACAUGAAGGGCCUGAUGGCGCUCUUCGCGAUCAUCGGCGCGGCCUUCGUGCUGGCGGCGAUCUGGUUCUUCUUCUGGGCCAAAAACGGCGGGUUCGUGUGGCGCAAGGGCGACUGGGAGGAGUACAAGUCGACCGUGCUGCGCCGCAAGGGGCCGGACGGGCGCACGCUCAGCAACGCGACCAAGAGCACCAAGCUCGGCGGCGGCAGCAUCGUGCACAAGGGCUACAGCGACGACGGGUACACGUACACGGAGACCGCGACCACCAUCACCGAGAAGACGGGCGCCCCCGGCGGCAGCGCCGAGCGCAAGCGGCGGCGCAGGCUGCGCGAGAAGUUCCGGCGCCGCCGCAAGGACGACGAGAUGACCGCCAACUGGGAGAACGAGGUCGACGAGGACGUCGCCGCGUACCGCAAGGAGAAGCCCGCGCGCGUCGGCGGCAUGAACCGCGAGGGCGACGGGACCACCUACUACGACGGCAGUGACUACGAUCUGUCCAACCCGCCGAGUUACUGGCACGACCGCGAGCAGAGCGAGGUCAGCCAGGUGCGGGAUUACGCGUACGAUCCCGUGGUCGAGCGACGGCAGAGCAAGCGGCGAGACUUUUCAUUUGUGGCCGGUAGUGAGGAGUUGCUGAGCCAGGCUGACGAUCAUCAUCACCAUCGCACGAUCCGCGAGCCAUCGACCAGAAGACAUAAUCGACGACGCGAGCGCAGGAGACACGCCCCGACGGACAGUGGUGGUGGCGGUGCUGGCAGUACCAGUAGCCCGUCCCGCUCGUCCCGGCAGAGUAGUCCCCGCAAGCGUCCGUCGGUGACGGGCCACUACACCGAGCCGCUGGAUUUCUCCUCCGCGGCCUCACGCUCCGAGUAUCAGUACUCCAACGUCGACACCGAGGACUCGGGCACCAAGAGCUACCACCAUCCGAUUCCCGGGUUGAGCAAAGGCUACCGCCGGGAAGGGGGUCGGGGCCGUCGUCGCGACAGUCUGAGCGAGAGUGAUGGCGAGGAGACUCGGUACUCGAGACGUUAGGUUGCAGCACACUUCCUGUCUCUCUCGCUUUCUCCUCCCUCACGCCGAAACAUCUUCAUCAAUGACGACGCCAAUGGAGGGAACAAGGGGGGCUUGCUUGUAAAUAAAUGGCCUUGGCCCAGGUUAUGCUUUCUGUUCAUGCGCGUUACUUCUUCGGGCUUUGCCGUUUUUUUCUAUGCGUUCAAAUUGAACUGCGAAUUGCUCACACGGGAUUAUGAUUGAUGGGACAUGGGAUGAAUGGAUACCAUACAAGGCAAUACAAUGCAAUGCAGAACUCAACACGAUAUGAACGAAUACGUUAUG